AUGUCUAACGCAAGGCAUUGGGAACAAGAUAAAGAGGCAACCGUGUACAUCGGAAACCUUGAUGAACGGGUCUCAGACAGCCUGGUAUGGGAAUUGAUGUUGCAGGCUGGGCGCAUCGUUAACGUCCAUCUGCCCAAAGACCGGGUCACGCAGUUACACCAGGGGUAUGGAUUUGUUGAGUUCAUCAGCGAGGAAGAUGCCGAAUAUGCAUCGAAGAUCAUGAACGGAAUCCGUCUCCAUGGCAAGCCUAUUCGUGUUAACAAGGCAUCGGCUGAUAAGCAAAAAACCGUGGAAAUUGGCGCCGAGCUGUUUGUGGGUAACCUUGAUCCUAUGGUUGCCGAGCAGGUUCUCUUUGAUACAUUCAGCCGGUUUGGCAAUCUUGUCAAUCCGCCUAAAAUUGCCCGUGAUGACAACAAUCUCUCUAAGGGAUAUGGAUUUGUUUCUUUUGCCGAUUUCGAAUCCUCGGAUGCGGCUAUCGCCAACAUGAAUGGCCAGUACCUGAUGAACAAACAGGUUUCUGUACAGUAUGCAUACAAGAAGGAUGGGAAAGGCGAGAGACAUGGUGAUGAAGCAGAACGAAUGCUGGCAGCCCAGGCUCGCAAGCAUAAUGUACAGCCACCCACUCAGCAAGCUCCGCAGUUCCCUGGCACUGGCCCGGGCGUAUCAUCAACGCCGGCCAUGUCGAAUGGCGACAUCUCUCGACCCUUGAGCACAGCCCCGUCACAAACACCAGAUGUAGGUAUGAAUCGGGGUGUGACCCCAGCCAUGACCCCGGCUAUGCCUCCAGCUUUGCCCUACCAGAGUGCGCCUCCUCCAAUGCCUUACCAGACCGUUCCCCCUCCAAACCGACAUGUCCCACCUCCGGCCCCUUCACUCAAUACCCCACCUCCGGGGCUCCCAGCUCGACCUCCGCCUUCCCAAGCUGGCUACGGCGGCCCACAGACCUUUUUACCGCCUGGAUUCAAUGGUGCAGGCCAACCGCCCUUCGUCCCACAGGCUGCACCUCCCCCUGGGUUUGGGCCGCCUGGAUUUGGACCUCCAGGUGGGCCCCCUUCAUUGCCACCGGGCUUCCAACAGCCCGGAUAUGGAGGCAGUCGGUGA